AUGGUCAAAACAGUGACUUUUGGUGACAUCCAAAUCCCAUCGCCGGGAUUUGGUGCAAUGGGCCUUAGCUUUGGUCUGGGAAGCAACCUGACCCUUGAGCAAGCUGAGCCGGUUUUGCUGAAAGCACUCGAGCUUGGAUGUACUUUCUGGGACACUGCGGUUGUUUAUUCACGUGGAAUAAAUGAAACGCUGUUAGGGGACUUCAUUAGAAAACAUAAUGUCCGUGAUAAAAUCUUGAUUGCUUCUAAAUGCGGAUUCAACGCCUUCGGCGAUGGCAGUGUGACAAACUCUCCCUCUCAUAUUAGAGAAUAUAUCGAGGGGACUAUAGAGAGACUUGGUUUUACACCUGAUCUUUAUUAUCUUCAUCGCAUUGAUCCACACACCCCCUUGGAAGAUUCGAUUUCAACCAUGGAUGAGAUUCGCAAGGCGGGAAAGACCAAGUACAUUGGUCUUUCUGAAUGCUCUGCGGAAACUCUGCGCAAAGCCAACUCCAUCGCCAAGAUUGAUGCUCUCCAAGCAGAAUAUUCUGCUUUCGAGACGGGCCAUGAGACGGACGGAUUGAUUCAAGCAGCGAAAGAUCUAGACAUUACCUAUGUAGCCUACAGUCCACUGGGCCACGGGUGGCUUGUCGACAAUUUUGACUACGAAUCUCCGGACGAUUUUGCGCCUGAUGAUUUCCGUCGCAAGAUUCCCAAGUUCCAAGGAGAAAAUUUCUACCAGAACAAAGCAAUCGUUGAAGAGAUCAAGAAGCUGGCUGUCAAGAAAGGUUGUACCGUAUCCCAAAUCGCACUUUCCUGGGUUGCAGCCCAGGGUAUGAUUGCCAUCCCGGGCACUACUAAGCCACAGAGACUGGAGGAGAACUGGGCAUCGAGAGAGGUUGAAUUGACCGAGGAGGAGAAAGAUGCCAUUCGAAAGGUCAUUGAUUCUGUCCAGCCACGUGGAAACCGAUAUGCUCCAGCCCAACAAGCUCUAGUGGGCCAUUGA